CAGUUUUUGGACAACCAGUCCGUGUUGAGGUGGAGGGAAGUCACAACAGUGCAGCCGGCAAACUCACUCUGUGGCUCUUUGAAAAGUCAGCUCUGCGUUUCUAACCGGUUUGAAGAGAUGACACCGUUCAGCUCGUGCCGGCUGCUCCUCUUCUCUCUCCUGGCUGGCCGCUGCUGCUGGACUUACUCAGCGGUAGUUUUCGUGGGAGAUGAGUUUAUUUUUCCUGACACGUGCGGGAGAAACGAGUCGGGGAAACUGGUGCGCAACAUGGGACGGAACCCGGACCGACUCGUGGCUGUUUUUCAAGACGGUGUGUGGACACCGGCCGAGCAGUACCGAGACCGGAUCAGAGAGAGCUCCUUAACGGUCCACUUUCCUCGCACUGUUUACACGGACAGCAGCAGAGCAUAUGAGCUGAGCUGCGGGAAGAAGCCACAGAAAACUGUUAGUCUGACAGUUUUAGAACCUAAAGAAGUGACAGGUUCUGUKGGUCGAAAGGUGACCCUCCCGUGUUUCUCUAACACCUUAGAGAAACCAGCUUCAUGUGUCCUCUGGAAGAGAAACGGAACAGAUGUGUGUGUGCAGAACUGUGGUUCUGAUGGCUGCAGGGGGACAGAUGACAGACUGUCUGUGUCCUCCAGCUGGUCCUCACAUGGAGACCUGUCUUUGRCUAUAARCGGRGUCAGACCUGAAGAUCAGGGGGAUUAUUUCUGUGAAUCAGGAAGUCCUGCUGGAGUCAGACUGAAGGUCACAGAGGAUCAUCAGGUGACUGCUGCUGCUG